UUUAACAAUGUCUUCGUCAAGUAAUCUCCGCGCUUCAAAUGACAAUAUUUCUUCAAAACCUGGAUUAUCUUCAAUAUUCUUAAUUGAUGUAGAUCAAGGAAAAAAAGCUUAUAGAUAUGGUUUGUCUUUACUCUUUUCAGUUUAUUUUUAAUUUAUAGAUGUUGAAAUCAUGGCUUCUGACAAUCCAAACAAAGGGUGGAGUUUAACUAAAGGAUCAGUCGAUCUUAAUCGCCGGAUCAGUUCUGAAUUGGUUGGUAUUUAUGUGAAAACGAACUGCCUUCUAUCGCCGCCCAAUGCUUAUGUAUAUGAUGGACGUUCUAUUUUUUACUCGUCAGCUGAAUUGCAGAAGUGUGAUGCCGUUUCCAUCUCCUAUUCUGAAGUGAGCAAAUUAAUUCAGCAAACAUUUGACAGAAAGACAAAAUUUAAUGUUAUACUCAAGCCAUGUCAGACCGAUAAUCGUGUUUUGGAUUUGAGCGAUUUGAGUCAAUAUGAAGGAAAUACUUCACUAAUACAAGAAGAUCGGUCUUUACGCACUUUUUUGGAAUUGGCUAUUGCCCAGAAGACUUUGGAAAGUGGCCGUCUCUUUAAACGGAUACCCGAUGGAUGCCCUUAUUUUCGCGCAAAUCAUAUAACCUUCCAUUCUGGUAUAUGCAAAGGAGUUCGUAUUGUUAAGGGUAAUAAUAAUGGAAAGGUACAAGCAGCUGUGGUUUUGGAUGCAAAAGUCUCUGCUUUUUUGACAAGUCAAACUGUAGAAAAAACAAUUAAUGACUUUAUGCGUUAUUGCAAUAAUCAGUCUGAUAGUAUGGAGAAGCUGUUUAAUUUUUUACGCGGAGUUAAAGUUCAAUGCGCAUAUAACCGGAGCCGAAUUUUUUCUAUUGGAGGAUUUGGAGACAAGCCUUUAUGUGAAGAGAAGUAUGUUUUUAAAUUAAGCAUUAUAAUUUUUUAUUUUUUUCUUAAUUCUAGGUUUGAGAGAACAAUUGAUGGUGAAGUCUGUUUGGUAUCGUUGAUCGAUUAUUUCAAUGACACGAAAAAUAUACGUCUUAAUAAUUUGCAAUUUCCUGGAGUUCACCCGGCAGGAAAACCUAGCGAAAAGUUCCCUGUUGAGCAGUUGAUUAUUUUAGAAGGUCAAAAAAUUCCUCAGGAAAAACAGUCUCCCGAUUUGGUUGAUAUUCUUUUAAGGAGAAAUUCUAUCGCACCAAGUGAACGACAUCAAAAUAUUCGUCAGAGUGGCUUUGAGUUAGAUUUAUGGAAUGGCAAAAACAACGUUCUUUCUGCGUUCUCAAUUAAGGUCCAAUCGGAGUCAAAUGAUACAAAUAUUGAUGUCCGACCAUUACCACAUUUAUUAUAUAGGAAUAACCGUGAAGUAGCUCCAAGUGAUGACAAGGGUGAUUGGACUAGGAACAGUGGAAAUUUCUUGGUACCAGCCAGUUUCCCCCAAGAGUGGCUUGUUUUAUUUGAUUCUAGAUAUCGAGAAUUAAUUGAAGAUUUUAUAAAAAGAUUACGUGAAAAAUGCUGUGAAAAGGGAAUGAAUUUUGGUAAUGCAAGAAUGUUUCCCGUUGCGCAAAAUUUAUUUGACUCUCAAACAAAAAUGCCUAUUGCAACUGAGUGGCGAAAUGCUUUUGGUCAUUGUGCACAGGAGAAAAUUCCGUUUAUUCUGAUGAUCGAUUCAAAGGCUAAUGACUCUCAUGGUCUUUUGAAGUUGUUUGAAGUUUAUAGACGUUCAAAGUCUAUUAAACUCAUCACUCAACAAAUUACAACCGAAACUGUUGAAAAUAUUCUUGUGAAAGGACACCGACAGACUUUGGAGAAUAUUGUGAACAAAUUAAAUGUGAAGUUUGGAGGACUUAAUUAUCAGCCUAUAUUAGCACAGCCUCAAUUACCUGGACUUAAAAAAUUUGAGCAACGCUUUGAUUUAAGCAGCGGGAAUAUUUUAGUUAUAGGCUAUGAUGUAUCUCACCCAACUUAUAAACUUCACGAACCAAAAAAACCUAGAUUAAAUGAACCUGAUCUUGAAAUGAAGAUGGAGGAGGACGAAUUUACACUUACGUCUGUUGAGCCUUCUGUUGUUGGGAUUUGCGCAAAUAUGGCCGAAAAUCCCCAUAGUUUUAUUGGGGAUUAUUUCUAUCAAACAUCACGAAAAGAAGCAGUAGAUUUGUCUGAUUUGAAACAAAGAAGUCGAUGGAUUUUGGCUUCAUUAGAACAUAACCGUCCUAAACAAAAACUCCCUCAAUAUGUCUUUAUCUUGCGUGAUGGUUUGAGUGAAGGGCAGUAUGAAAUGGCGUAUCGUAGUGAAUUAACCGCAAUAAGGAGCGGAUUCGAAUUGCAUAAUCCGAAAUAUAUGCCUAAAUUUGUGUUGGUUAUUGGUUCAAAGCGUCAUUUUAAAAAGUUUUUUGCAGUGGGCAAUGAUGUUGAUAAGGCGGAGAAUAUGCCACCCGGUUCUAUAAUACAAGAGAAAGUUGUCCGGCCAGAUGUAUUUGAAUUUUAUCUCCAAUCACAUUUUCCAAUCAAAGGCACAGGAAAACCUGUAGAAUAUGCUGUUCUUACUAAUGAAAUAAAUUUCAACUGUACUGUUGAAGAGCUAAAAGAAUAUGCUAAACUGUUGCGUUAUAAGACUGCUAGACAGGAUCAUUUGGAAGAAUUAAUGUUUAAACGGUCAUUAUAUUCUUUUUUGAUGGCAUUGUCAUUUAACCAUCAAAUUGUCAGCCGACCAAUCUCGUUACCAGAACCAGUAUUUCAGGCUGAUGAAUUGGCGAAACGUGGGCAUGCAAAUUAUUUGGCACUCAAACGCUUCUUUCCAAACGAGGUUCCAUAUACUAAUGAACAACACUGUGGCCAUAGACUUGCUGAUAACGCCCAGCUUACACGAUUGCUCUCAUAUUGGGGUGAUGGACAACUUAUCCUGAAGAAUCGUUUUAACGCUUAA